AUGAAAAUUUGGACAAGUGAACACACAUUCAAUCAUCCCUGGGAAACUGUAGCCACAGCAGCUUGGAGGAAGUACCCAAACCCACACAAUACUGCAGUCAUUGGAACUGAUGUUGUGGAACGAAAAGUUGUAGAUGGAGUGCUGCAUACACACAGGCUGGUUAGCUCUACAUGGUAUUUCCCAAGAUGGGCACAAGCUCUCAUUGGUUCAGCAAAUGUCUGCUAUGCCAGUGAACAGUCCGAGGUGAACCCGAUCUCCCGCUACAUGAUCUUGAAAACGAUAAAUCUCAGUUUUUGUCGACACAUAGCCGUGGACGAGACUCUCAGCUACUUGCCGCACCCCUCUGACCCCAGCAAAACCCUCUUGAAGCAAGAAGCAGUGGUCACAGUCAAAGGAGUGCCCCUCACGAACUACAUGGAGGACCUGCUGACCAACAAAAUCUCCACUAAUGCCAGUAAAGGACGCCAGGCGAUGGAAUAUGUCAUUAACAAAAUAGAUGCAGAGGUUAAAGACUUGACUAGGAGUACAGAUGAGAUUAUCAACCACACAAAAAAGUCUCUGGAUGGAAUAGCAAACAGUGCCAAGAAGUCCAUGGCAGAUAUAUCGGAGAAAGCAAAAAAGAGUCUUGAUGAUAUGCACAAAUUGGGUCUCAGUUAA